AUGGCUAUGCUAUUUAUAGGACCCAAAUUCAAACGUCAUACAACUAUUAUCAGUCCGUUGUUUCGUCGAGCUAAAAUCAGCGCACAUGCAGAUACAAUCAUCGAUUGUACAGAUAAAUUAUUGAACCGAUGGCGUAAUUACAACAAUAAUCCGACAGAUAUUCACUUGAAUUUAAUCGAACAAUCACAACAAUUGUUACUUACUAUUUUGGGUUUCGUUGCAUUUGAUUAUGAUCUUCAAACACUUGACGAAGAAGAUAGAAGCAAUGAAAACGAACUCACUCACGCAUUGUGCAUAAAUUUCAAGACAUCAAUAUUUGUCGCACGAUUACCAAUGUUCAUAGCUCGCAUCUAUUUAGUAUUGAAUUAUGAAUAUCGACAAGCACGAAUGACCAUUGAUCGGUAUUUGCAACAAAUGAUCGAUCAAGAAUUACGAGAGACUGCUGUAACGAGAACUCAACGCAGGAAAACAAGUUUGAUUGCAUCACUAGUGGCGUCGUUACAAGAGGACGAACUGUUUGAAGCAACAAAAUCCGAAGAACAUAAGAAAGGUCUUUCUCAGAUAGAAGUAAUGGGUGAAAUGUUAGCACUACUUUCCGCUGGCUAUAGUCCGACAUCAGCAGCUCUGGUCUGGUUUAUGCAUUUGAUGAGCAAAUAUCCGCAAGUACAAAGUAAACUUAAGAAUGAACUUGUUGAGUACAAUCUUCAGCGGCUCUCAGUUGAACAAAUCGAUUCGCUUACUUAUUUGGAUUGUGUUAUUCGUGAAUUGUUUCGUUUUGUACCACCUAUAGUCGGUACUCUGCGAACGCUUACUGCUGAUGAUCGACUGUCGGCAACUGGAGUUCAACUGAGCAAAGGUGAUCAAGUAUUUAUUCCAUUUUACAAUUUGGGUCGAGAUUCACGCUAUUGGUCCGGAUCGUUUGAUCUUGAUCAAUUUCAUCCCGAACGAUUUUUAAUUGAAAGCAAUAUGAAUAGCAAUAAAACAGCAUCAAUAGCAUUUGGUGGUGGCCAUCGUCAGUGCAUUGGACAAGAUUUCGCUCGGCUCGAACUCAAGGCUAUUUGUGUUCGACUCAUGCAGCAUAUGUCAUUCGGCGAUGGUGGACCCGACGUUAAUGAAAGUGGAUACAAACAGACCGAUACAAUCUUACCCAAACAUAUAGGUUGUACAAUAAAUGGUGUUCAUCGCUUUAUCAUUGCAAUUAUACUUUUACUUAUCAUCAGUGGAAUAAUCUUGAUUGCAGUUCUCGUACCUGUGUUAACUAAGUUUGGAUCAGGAACAAAAACUGAACUACCUACUACACAUGUGCUGCGUUGGAAAUCGAAUGGUAUUACUGUUGCUGGACUAACAGGGUUACAAGGGAAUACUAGUUAUCAGCUUAUGCAACCCAAGAAAGUAUUUUGGAAAAGACCCAACAUACUUUAUAUUGCUGAUUAUCAAAAUAAUCGUGUACAACGGUAUGAAAUAGGUUCUUCCAGUGGUACGACUGUUGCAGGAGAUGGCUCUUUCGGUUCAUCUUUAAAUCAAUUAUACUAUCCUUCAUAUGUCACAAUCGAUUCUAAUGAUGAAAUUAUCGUUGCAGAUACCUAUAAUAAUAGAGUUCAACUUUGGUCAACUGGUAGUACAUCAGGAAUUAAAAUAGCUGGCACAGGUGUUGCUGGUAAUUCACUCAAUCAGUUGCAGUUACCAACUGGUGUUUCAUAUGACUCAAACUCUAAUACCUUAUAUAUAGCAGAUUAUACCAAUGAUCGUGUGAUGCGCUAUCUAUAUGGUGCUUCAAAUGGAACUAUUGCUGCUGGUGGUAAUGGAUUUGGUAUAACGAAUAUAAAGUUAUGGAGGCCAGCUGGUUUAUAUUUCGAUUCAUUUUCAAAUAAUUUACUAAUUGCUAAUGCCAAUGCUCAGACUAUAGUUCAAUGGCCACUAAAUGCUAGUAAUUGGACACUUGUAGCAGGAUGUGCUGGGACUUCAGGGAACAAUGCAACAUUGUUAAAUUAUCCUAUGGAUGUAGUAUUGGAUCCUAUGGGUAAUAUUUAUGUUGCUGACAGAAAUAAUCACAGAAUACAAUUAUUUAUGAAUGGACAAACUCAAGGAAUAACAAUAGCUGGUGUUACAAGUAUGUUUGGUUCUAAUGAUACAUUAUUAAAUUUACCUUUUGGUGUAACAUUAGAUAAUCAACUUAAUCUAUACGUAGCUGAUACAGGCAAUCAUAGAAUUCAACAAUUUUUACGAUAUUAA